UCACAAGACGGUGGCUGCACCUGGCAAACCCCUGACACUUCCUGGUGAUUUCCCAGAGCAGAGAAGAAGUGGGUGACAGAGCCCGUACAUCCCCACACAGGGCUCCGGGUCCCGCCUCGCUGGGCGGGGAGGGCUGUACCUGAGCUGUCACACUGCACCGGAACCUUGUGUCCCAUUCACGGAUUGACGGUCGGGGCCAUGGAUGAGCGGAGCCCGCUGGUCACCUACAAGCUCAGCGUGUCCACGGACGAGACCGCCCGGAAUGGACCGAACCGGCAGCGCGCAGGAGCCCGAAAACUCUCCACCUUUCUGGGGGUUGUGGUGCCCACCCUGCUGGCGAUGUUCAGUGUGGUGCUGUUUCUCAGGAUAGGUUUUGUCGUGGGACAGUCUGGUCUGUAUGAGGCAGUGGGCAUGCUAAUCCUCUCUUAUUUUAUUAUUGGUAUGACUGUUUUGUCAGUCUGUGCCAUAUCUACCAAUGGAGCACUGGAUGCCGGUGGAGCUUACUAUAUGAUCAGCAGGGCUUUGGGACCUGAGUUUGGUGGCAGUAUUGGUAUAAUGUUCUUUUUGGCUAAUGUUUGUGGAAGUGCUCUUUAUAUUCUUGGUCUGGUAGAGACCAUCGUGGCCAUGUUUGGGAUCCCAACAGGGGAAGAUGGAAGAAGUGGAGUCCAUGUUUUGCCACAGAGCUAUUGGUAUGAGUUCCUGUAUGGCACCGUUCUGCUAUUCCUGUGUCUCUUGGUCUGCCUGGUUGGAGCCAGUAUAUAUGCUAGAGCCACCUUUCUCAUUUUUAUCAUUGUGAUGGUGGUUUUGAUAACUGUCUUUAUCAGCUUCUUUGCUGUGAGAGAAAAAGUUGUUUCCAUUGUUACUACUGAUGCCAAUGGCACCCAUUACCUAAACGGAACAUUUACUGGCUUCAAGUUGUCUACUCUCAAGGACAAUGUAUAUCCACAAUAUGCCAGGGACUACACUACAGGAAGAAUGAUGAGCUUCACCACAGUCUUUGCAAUCAUGUUCAAUGGUUGCACUGGGAUCAUGGCAGGAUCAAACAUGUCAGGUGAUUUGAAAAACCCAAGUUACUCUAUACCCAGAGGAACAAUCACUGCUGUCAUCUUUACCUACAUCAUCUACAAUUUGCUGGCUCUGAUGAUCAGCUGUACAUGUGACAGGACUCUGUUGCAGAAUGAUUACAGCUUUUUACGAGAUAUUAAUGUCUGGCCUCCUCUUGUUACUAUUGGAAUUUGCUGCUCAACUCUUUCUGCCUCCAUGAGUAACUUGAUUGGGGCCUCCCGUAUUCUCUAUGCACUGGCAAAGGAUGAGCUAUUUGGAAAACUUUUAAUACCGGCAAAGAAGACAUCACAGGGAGGCAACCCAUGGAUGUCUGUCAUCAUGUCCUGGUUUUUGGUUCAGAUGGUGCUGUUUGCUGGGAAACUGAACACCAUUGCAGCAAUUGUGACAAUUUUUUUCUUGCUGGUGUACACUGCUGUGGGCCUUGCCUGUCUGGCACUGGAAUGGGCAUCUGCACCAAAUUUCAGGCCAACAUUUCGCUACUUCACUUGGUACACCUGUAUCCUGGGGAUUCUGGGUUGUGUGACCAUGAUGUUCCUUAUAAAUGCCAUCUAUGCAUCUGCCAGCAUUGUGUUCAUGUUGAUCCUGCUCCUGUGUCUGCACUACUUAUCGCCCAGUCAUAGCUGGGGAUUCAUAACUCAGGCUCUCAUCUUUCAUCAGGUCAGAAAGUACUUGCUUAUGCUGGACGUACGUAAGGAUCAUGUCAAGUUCUGGCGUCCUCAGAUUCUAUUACUAGUUUCCAAUCCACACAGCCACAAAAACCUCAUCACUUUUGCAAAUGAUCUAAAGAAAAGUGGCCUUUUUGUUCUGGGACAUGUAAGUUUGGAAGAAUUAGAUGUGCUGCCUUCUGACCCGCUUCAGGCUCAAUCGGAUUUCUGGUUACAGCUAGUAGAUGAGCUCAACAUCAAGGCGUUUGUCAACUUGACAUUGUCAGAUUCUGUGAGAUAUGGAGCUCAGCAAUUGCUCUUCAUUUCUGGAUUAGGCGGAAUGAGACCAAACACUGUUAUCAUGGGAUUUUACACCCGCUCUUCCCCAGAUGAACUUCUACGAAAUGAACUUGAAGUGGACCACAGUAGAUCAUCUCCCUUAAUGUAUACCUCCACUGGAAGGAAAAAGUCCACUGAAAACUUUUCUGCAUGGGAAUAUGUUGCCAUUAUAUCAGAUUCUAUAAAGAUGUCCAAAAAUGUUGUGCUAGCAAGAUACUUCUCAGAGUUUGAUAGAACUCUAGUCUGCAGUGUGAAGGGUAAAGAGACGUAUAUAGAUGUGUGGCCGUUAAACCUACUGCGACCAGAUAGCGCUACCUAUGUGAACACCUGCAGUUUAUUCCUCCUUCAAAUGGCUUGUGUACUGAACAUGGUAAGAUCUUGGAAAAAAGCCAAGUUGCGUUUGUAUCUGUGUGUAGAGAGUGAAAGCGGUCUGCAUGGCCAGGAAAUUAAACUGAAGCAGCUACUAAAAGACCUCCGCAUCAAGGCCUUCAUCCAUACAGUUGUCUGGGACCCAGUAGUUGCUCUUCACUGGCAUAAGCAGGUAGGAGAAAAUUCAGGAACUAUGGGAGAAUCUUACCUGAACUUCCCAAACAACUCAAUAAGGAUAUCAAGUGACUAUUUGGAAGCUGUCAAUCAAAUGAUUCUUGGGCAAAAUCCCCACUUACCCCCAGCUGUCAGAUUCUUGUAUCUGCCUCGUCCUCCUGCAGACACAUCUGUCUACAACAAGUUCCUGCACCAGGUGGAGAUGAUAAGCAGGAAUUUGGGACCAACAUUGCUCAUCCAUGGGAUCACUCCUGUUACAAGUACUGAGCUCUAAGAUAUACAUAAUUGUGACCUGGACCUGGUCCAUGCUCUUAAAAAGGGGGCAUUUACAUACAAGAAUACAAUUCAGGGAACCACACAUUGACAGUCUAACUUAUGCUCACUGGUAUGAGUGAGAUCUCUCUUUUAUUUUUAUUCUGCAACUAUUUGCUUUGAAAAUCGAUGUAACUAAAAUUGGGUCUUAGCAUUUUUGCCAGAUAUAAAGGCUAUUGGUACAUUAAAAGUAUCAGUAUGAUUAGAAAAACAAAUAUUUUUAAAAUGCACUAUGCACCUUUUGCAGAGUGUUCAUGGUAGCUAAGUGUUUGAAUCUGCUACUAGUGGGUGUGUGCACUGCACAUCAGGAAUCACUGUUGUACCGGUAUGGACUGAUAAAGACAAAGAGAUUAGUUAUGCUUAGGUAUUGAUUUAUGCAGAAAUGCCUAACUUAACGAAGAUAACUUACUUGAGCCCAUGUAUCACUGUGUUCAUGGGAAGUCAUGGUGAAUGCUAUUAAGAAGAAUAUAACAAUACAUACAGUCUGCUUCAGUAAAAAAGGCUUGCUAUUAAAAUAUUGCCAGUCAUUGUCAGAGGACAAUUCCACCGGAAUCCAACAUAUGUUGUUCAGUAAAGAAAGAUAUUAAUAGUGGAUAUAGAUAAUGAAAACACAAAACAUAUCCCAAAAGUUUUCAAUAUCAUUAUUCACUUAUUUUCUAAGGAACUAAAAGGUCUAAUGUGUCUAUAAAAAAAAUUCCCUAAACCUUGGUAUGUGAUGCUAGUGUGGAUAAUACCUGGAAUUGGCCCUUCUUUUUCUGAUUAUGAGGGUGUCACUGCCUCUUUAUCGGGGACAUUACAUUCUCAUUCAAGGCUUUCCAUUAAAGGGGUACUCCGGUGAAAACCUUUU